UCGUCCUAGAUAACAGGACCGCUCAGCCAGAGAAGAAACCAAGCUCCACUGCGCAGCAGGCAAAGCAGGCAUUAUGAAUUUUGAACAAGUUACGCCAAAAAUUUCAUUGGCCGCUUUACGCGCUUUAAAUGAAUUCAACAACAAGCAUGGUAUUCAUAUAAUCUACAAUGCGGAAAGAACCGUGAACAACACAGAAGAAAAAACCGGUAUAAAGCCUUUUCCAGGAUACAACAUACAACACUUGGUGCGCUUCGUGAAACCUCAGAAAAGGUACGCGCUUGGGGCAGGUGGAAAGAUUGAAGUGGGAUUUCGUGAUAUCAGGGAUAAUAGCUUUUACAUUCACCAUUGCAUCACAGGUUACUGGGCGGAAUCUGAUAUUAAGCUUUUCAAACCCAGACAUGCGCCUGCCCUACAGGAAGCCAUCUGGAUUGGCUUGUCUUUUGAAAGUGGCAACGUGUUAAAGGGCUACCAGAAUGGACUAGAAUUCGGCCGCUACGACGGACUGGAUUGGAGCGUUGCAAAUGACACCCUCUACUUUCAUAACGAUAAGUACAACACCUGCAAAGUAAUGCAGAUACAUCUUUUCGCAAAUGAUGCUACAAAACUUUUCUUGAACAGGUCAUGGGGAGACUGCGACGCCUAUCAUCUCUACUGUGGAUCGGUUGUGACAAUAAAGUGCAGAUACACCUACAACACUUCGUCGUACAAAGGGCUCAGCUUCGCCAUCGGAAACGUCAGCGGAGCCACAGCAGUAGUCAACUUCCCAGCGUAUGCCAAUACUGGCGAAUCCUACGUGGUACAAAUAUUUGUCGGCGAAACUGUAUAUAAUAUUGUUUCAAAAAACAAAUCUAAAGUAAUUCAUAGCAUGUCCUUUAAAAACACCAAGACAAGGACUUAUCUAGACUUCACAUCACACAACAUCGUCUUAGACAACGUCUUCAUGGAAACAAGUGGGAGUCCAUGGAAAUAGUAUGGGAAAAGAACGUUUAUCCACAAUGAUGUUCCCGUUUUACCAUCAACUACUUCCGGAUACUGACAAUAAAUAUGUUCUUACCUGCU